AUGAAGGUCGCAAAUCUGGACACUGAUUCGGGCUCAGCCUCCGGGACCGAGUCGAUCGCAGAUGAUUACUCUGACGACUCUUUUGCUACUUCGGAGAAGUCGGAAGAUACCAUUCAACCAAAGAUCGACAGGCAUCAUCCCUUCUCCAAAACAGUCGAAACGAACAAAUCGGCCAAAGUCGAUGAUUCCAUCGAUGAGUUACUCGCCGCUUCGAACCCGUUUCUCAAGAAAACGCCGAGAAAGGAUGAAACGAUUGCGGAAAUCGCUGAAGAGCCGAAAUCUCCAAAAUCAUCCAAAUCCCAAUCGCCUAGAAAGAGCAAAAGCUCAAGUCCACCUCUCAUUUCUGCCAGAAGCAAUGUGUUGUCUAAUCCGGAAGCAGGAAACGAAGACAGCUCAAGAAGAUCAUCCCUCAAAAAAUCGACAUCGGAUGGAUUUCCCGUCCCAGCGCCAAGAUCACGUGCUUCAUCAGAAGCUCCUGAAACCAAAGAAGAAAAGAGCCAAGAUGUCAAGACCUCUUCAAUCCCUGAUCCCGUCCAAGAAUCUGAAAAUCCGAUUCCGAUCGCCGAGGAAAAGAAAGAAGCUUUGAAAGAAAUCUUCGCCACGGCGAUCGAAAACGAAAACACCGAAGCCACAGUAACAAAGAAAAAGAGACCCGAUAGUGCAUUUGGGCGACGGAUGCAGAAACUCAUAGAGAGUAGAAGAAAUGGCUCUGCGGAAGGCGCCGCAAAACUUCCUGAAAAUUACACCGGACUUGGAUCAACCAGAGCUUUGGAGGAUUUGCAAAAAUUUAAGGAAAACGGGCUAAACGAGGAGCUGAAUGGUGCCCGUGGUCAGCGAAAAAUGGCUUAUCUCGCUUGGCUCAAGAAAAAAGAAGAGACACGUCAGAAAGAAGAAGAACGACGGAAGAAGAAAGCAAAAGAGGAGAAAGAAGAACAGGCAAAAAAGAAUAAACCUAAGCCAAAAACUGUUCAAGCCGCAAAAACAAUGGGUCCAGCUGCGGAAGGCUGGCUCAAGAAUAAGGAAGAAUACCUCAACGAAAAGGCUCGAAAGGAAAGAGAGAAGAAACGAAAAGAAGCGGAAGAAAAAAGGGAAGCAGAAGAGGAGAAAAAAGCUAACGAGAAGCUCGUAAAGCAAUAUCGAGAGCGCAAGGAAAAAGAAUAUCAGGAAAAGGUUCGAAAACAGCGUGAAAUUGAACAAGAAAAACAACGAGAACUCGAAGAGGCAAAAAUGGAGAAGAGAAUUCAGUCCGCGAAAAUGAAAACAGAAUGGGAGAAGAAAAAACAAAAACAAAUCAAGAAGCAAAAACAAGAGCAACAAGCGCUAGAAAGAGAAUUAACCCAAACUCAGAUGAUCCAAAAAGACGAAAAAAUCCAAAACGGUCGCCGUGCUUACGAAGAAUGGCAGAGGCGGAAAAAGCUGGAAGCAAAAGAAACAAAAAUGUGGACGCUUUCUUAUGAAGAUUUCACCGAAGAAAUUCGUCCCUUUUACUAA